AUGGAAAAAUAUUUUAAAAGAAAGUCAAUUGCUGAGACAUCUCAACUUUGUUCUGGUGUCAAUGAUCAUGAAAACCAACAUUUUUCAAAGAAAAAUUGCUUCGAAGUUGACUUGGAAAAUCUUCCUUUUGAUCUUGGAUUUCAACCAAGAAUUACGUUUUAUCAUCCUAAUGUUCGAGACCAAAGCAAAGUGGCGAUGAUUCUUUUGUUCUUGAUGGGUUUCGCAAUUGGAAGAGACUUGAAAAAUUUAAAUAUCAUAUUGGAGGGAAACUUUCUUGAACUUUUACACUAUACAGCUAAGCAAAAUGAAGAAUAUAGAUUAGUAGCAUUGGAGAAUGCUCCUGGACAUGAUAAAUUGAUUGCUCCUAGUAUCCAAAAAGACAUAAUCAAUGCAUUUGCAGUUGAAACCAUCAACAAACUAAUUAGUGAUCUUGGAGAUGCUUUUUUUUCUAUACUAGUUGAUGAAGCUCGUGAUGGAUCCAACAAAGAGCAGAUGACAAUUAUCUUACGUUAUGUAAAUAAAAGAGGAUGUGUUGUUGAAUGUCUAUUGAACAUUAUGCAUGUCACAGAUACGACUGCUUUGUUCGUAAAGAUGAGAAUCGAAACAUUGUUCUCUAAAUACAAUUUGAGCAUAUCAAGAUUACAUGGACAAGGUUAUGAUGGUGCGAGUAAUAUGCGAGAUCAAUUUAAUGGGGUAAAAGCACUUAUAUUGAAAGAUAAUGAAUAUGCCUUCUAUGUUCAUUGUUUUGCUCACCAACUUCAACUGGCACUUGUAGCUGUGGCAAAAAAGGAUACAAAUAUUGAAAGACUUUUUUUGAAAGUUUCUUGUGUGAUAAAUAUUGUUGGAUGGUCACCUAGACGUAGGGAUCUUCUUAAUGAGAAACAACCUUUGAAGGUGAAAAAAGCUAUUAAAAGUGGUGAGCUUUCAACAGGGCAAGGUCUUAAUCAAGAUACUAAUCUUAAGCGGCUAGGGGAAACACGGUGGGGUUCACAUUAUGGGACUUUAUUGAGCUUGAUUAAUUUGUUUUCAUCUGUUGUUGAAGUGCUUGAGGAUCUUACUGAAAAUUCUGAUAAUAGAGUUGAAGCAAGUGAUUUGGUGGAUUAUAUGACUUCUUUUGAUUUUGCUUUUAACCUGCACAUGAUGAAAAACAUUUCGGGAAUCACAUUUGAACUUUCACAAGCAUUGCAAAGGAAGGAUCAAGAUAUUAUAAAUGCUAUGUCUUUGGUUCACUUGUCGAAAAGAAGAUUAUUGUUGAUAAGAAAUAAUGGAUGGGAUAAUCUAUUUGAUGAAGUUUCUCAUUUUUACAUUGCUCAUAAUAUAGAUGUGCCAAAUAUGCAAGAGAAAUUUGUUGCACGAGGGAGAUCGCGGCGUAAUAUUCAAGAGAUGACAAAUUUAUUUCAUUAUCGUGUUGAGUUAUUCUAUGCCAUAAUAGAUUUGCAACUAUCAGAGCUUAACAAUUGUUUUAAUGAAGGUAAUACAAAAUUACUUAUUUGCAUGGCCUCCCUAAAUCCAAGUGAUUGCUUUCAAGCAUUUGAUAAGGGAAAAUUAGUUGGUUUUGCUCAAUUUUAUCCACUUGAAUUUUCUUCUACUGAUCUUAUGGCACUUGAACUUCAACUUGAUAAUUACAUUGAUGAUAUGCGCUCAAAUAUUGCAACUGCAAGUGUAGAAAGAGCAUUUUCUGCUAUGAAAAUUGUGAAGACUCAUUUACGUAAUCAGAUGGGUGAUCAAUUCUUGAAUGAUAGCCUAAUUCCAUAUGUUGAGAAAACUAUAUUUGACAGUGUUGAUAAGGAGGUGGUCAUGCAACGAUUCCUCAAUAUGAAGCCCCGUUGA